UAGACCCAGGACGCAGUCAUAAACACAGGGCGACUGCGCCUUUAAGAGGUGGAAAGCGAUACAAUAAACCGCUCUGUGUCAAUGUGCUAACAAUGAAUUUAAUCGAUAUGAUUUUGGUAAAACUCUUGUUUUUAUUUUACUGCAUAAGGCGUACCGGAGGUCUCUACGGGAACCCCCUGAGCACUUACAUCCAGCACUAUGAAGGCCUGUCGUAUGACACAGGAAGCCUGCACAGCAAGCACCAGCGGGCCAGGAGGGCCGUGUCCCACGAGGACCGCUUCCUGCACCUGGACUUCCACGCGCACGGGAGAUAUUUCAAUCUCCGAAUGAAGAGGGACACCUCCCUGUUUGCAGAGGAUUUUAAGCUGGAAGUGUCGGGAGAAGAAACGCAUUAUGAUACCUCUCACAUCUAUACCGGAGAAAUCUAUGGCGAGAAGGGCAGCCUGAGUCACGGCUCCAUCGUGGACGGGCGGUUCGAGGGCUUCAUCCAGACCCACAAGGGCACCUACUACGUGGAGCCCGCAGAGAGGUACCUGAAGGCCCGGGACGUGCCCUACCACUCCGUCAUCUACCACGAGGACGACAUCGUUUACCCACACAAGUAUGGGUCUGAAGGUGGCUGUGCCGACCACUCUGUGUUUGAACGGAUGAAGAAGUACCAGCAGUCUGCGGUGGAGCAGUCUCCUGAGGAGACCAAUCGGGUGGUGGAGGAGGAGCGGGCCGACGGGCCGGUGCUGCUACGGAAACGCCGAGCGGAGGAGCUGCCCAAGAACACCUGCCAGCUCUUCAUCCAGACAGACCACCUCUUCUUCAAGUACUACAUCACCAGAGAGGCUGUGAUCGCACAGAUCUCCAGUCAUGUGAAGGCCAUCAACUCCAUCUACCAGGGCACAGAUUUCCUGGGAAUCCGCAACAUCAGUUUCAUGGUGAAGAGGAUUCGGAUUAACGAUACGGAUUCAGAGAAGGACAUGAACAACCCCUUCCGCUUUGCCAACAUCGGAGUUGAGAAGUUCCUGGAGCUGAACUCGGAGCAGGACCACGACAGCUACUGCCUGGCCUACAUCUUCACGGACCGGGACUUUGACGACGGCGUGCUGGGUCUGGCCUGGGUGGGGGCUGCUGCAGGAAGCUCCGGGGGCAUCUGUGAGAAGAGCAAGAUGUACUCCGACGGGAAGAGGAAAUCCCUGAACACCGGCAUCAUCACCGUGCAGAACUACGCCUCCCACGUCCCCCCGAAAGUGUCCCACAUCACCUUCGCCCACGAGGUCGGCCACAACUUCGGCUCCCCGCACGACUCGGGGACGGAGUGCACCCCGGGGGAGUCAAAAAGCCCGGACCUGAAGGAGAAGGGGAACUACAUCAUGUACGCCAGAGCCACGUCCGGGGACAAGCUCCACAACAACAAGUUCUCCCUGUGCAGCAUACGCAACAUCAGCCAGGUCCUGGAGAAGAAGAGGGGGAACUGCUUUGUGGAGUCUGGUCAGCCUAUUUGUGGAAACGGGCUGGUUGAGAACGGGGAGCAGUGCGACUGUGGCUACAAGGACCAGUGCAAAGAAGAGUGCUGCUUUGACGCCGACCAACCAGAAGGCACCAAAUGCAAGCUAAAGCCUAAUAAAGUCUGCAGCCCCAGCCAGGGGCCCUGCUGUACCCCUGAGUGUGGGUACAAGUCCAACGUGGACAAGUGUCGGGAGGAGUCGGAGUGCGCCCACCAGGGCAUGUGCAACGGGCAGACUGCACAGUGCCCGACCUCCGAACCCAAGGCCAACCUCACCGCCUGCCACGGAGACACCCAAGUCUGCGUCAACGGGGGCUGCUCGGGCUCCAUCUGUGAGAAGUACAGUCUGGAGGUGUGUACCUGCGCCAGCGACGACGGCAAGGACGAGACCGAGCUCUGCCACGUGUGCUGCCAGGACAGGAUGACCCCCAGCACCUGCAGCAGCACGGGCUCAGAGAAGUGGGCGAAGUACUUCAACAGGAGGGUGAUCACCCUGCAGCCCGGUUCGCCCUGCAACGACUUCCGGGGCUACUGCGACGUGUUCAUGAAGUGCCGUCUGGUGGACGCAGACGGGCCCCUGGCCAGGCUGAAGAAGGCCAUCUUCAACCCCGAGCUCUACGAGAACAUCGCCGAGUGGAUAGUGGCUUACUGGUGGGCAGUGCUGCUGAUGGGCAUUGCUCUCAUCAUGCUGAUGGCCGGCUUCAUUAAGAUCUGCAGCGUCCACACCCCCAGCAGCAACCCCAAACUGCCCCCGCCCAAACCCCUGCCCAGCACCCUGAGGAGGAAGCGCAGGGACCCGGAGCGCAGCGCUCCAGACCGCGGCGGCCCGGCCCAGCCCCAGCGCCACGGCCGGCAGCACAGAGAGAACUACCGGAUGGGCGAGAUGAGACGCUGAAGCCCCCGGCCGCCCUUUGCCUUGGUUCUUCCUCGUGCCUACAGUGGGAAAACUUCACUCCAAAGAAUUACCUGCAGCGCCGCCCCCCCCCCCCCCCCUCUUCAUCCACACGCUCAAGAGCGCAGCCCGUUUUUAACGGAGAUGAAUACCUUCAAAAAAAUAACAAAUGAAAUAAAGAGAAUUAUACCACACGCCAGUGCUCCUGGAGCCAGCCAAGCUGACUUCACAUAGCUUUUUAAAAAAGGAAAGAUAAAUAUAUAUUUAAAAAAGCAACUCCUUUUCCCCCUUUCUUCUUGAAAAGGUCUCGGUGAGGAACAGGUGAGAAAAUCACAGAUUUUCUUCUAAAUGUGGUCUUAACUUUUUUCCCCCCCUACUCAAAUGUUUUAUUUUAUUGGAAGGCAAGGAGUCAGGGAUAGCGUAGUGCUUUCUUUCUUCCACUCAGCCCCCCCCAUCCCCCUCUCCCAGCGUCACAUCUGGGGCGAGAUGUUCUCCUGUGGAGUUGAACUUGACUGCAGGUGACUUGGGUUUUGCCACCAAAUGAACCCCUAGGAAGCCAGACCAACCUCAGAGCAGAAGACCUACUUGCCAAUGUUAACAUUUUUUUGAGAAAUGGAAGAAUCCGGAAGCGCAGGCUUCUCAUGCGCCCGCCCCUGCGUGUGCCGUUUGUACAGCUAUCGCAAAAAUCUCUUCUUUUUUCCCCCACAUUUUCUUCUUCCUUGUGUCAUGUUCGUUUUUUCUGCUGUUUGACAAGGACGAUUUGCUGAUGGAAUGGAAACUCUCAGGAUUAAAACACAGAGGAAAGGCUGAAAGGCUGGAGUAAUGGGAGAGCAGAAUAGAGCAGGUAUCCUGACGCUUUUUUAAUAUUAUAAUACAGUGGCCACAGGAACAUUGGGGAAUUCAGUCCUAAGACUUCAUAAUUUGAUUUUACCUGGCUGGACUGAUACGGAUUCAAUGUCAAAUUACUUCCAUUUGGCAUUAUUCCAGGAUUUAGGAUCCAUCAGUAAUAGGAUAAAACGGGAAUGACAGUAAGGCCAGGAGACAGCAGGAGAGGUUCUGUUGCUAUGUGCCGCAUGCAGGGGUUGCGUCCUUCUAAAGGAAUUUCAAGCGUUUAAAAGAUGUCUCCGAAACUGUUGAGAUGCUGUACAAUAAGCUGUCGGAAUGCGCUGGUUUGAGAGUAUCCGUGUCUUUCAUCAUGCUAUAUUACAUUGUCUUUUCUUUUUGCCAUGUUUUGUUCCGCUGUAUGCAGCAGAUGGUUCGGUCGAAUGGUCUUUCCCACUGUGAGUAACGGGUGCAGUCAGGCCCUGGGCCGGCUCCUGCAACGCAGUCCUCCUCCCACGUGGUGGCGCUCAAGUCGCCAGUUUGAUCGAUUCUUCACUUUCUUUCAAUUUCAGCUACUCUGUUCACUUAAUAGGAAUUAAACAAGCCUUCUUCAUGCUGUUAAUUGGGUCUUUAGCUUGCCAGAUGUAGGCCAGUCUACAGAAAAUAGUGCUGGCCCCCAUUUCAUCAACAGGACAUUCACGUAUUUGGGAACACAAGUACUUUGUACAGUAUGCUUUCUUGUCAGUAAUUAUGAUAAUAACUCAGUAUAAUCUCUCUUUCUGUACAUGCCAGCAUUGAGUUUGAUGUUUAGAUGCCAGCAAUUAUGGAAAAUAAAAUUUUUAAAAUGUCCUAUCACGAGGACCAUGAGUUAAGACCACAAUAAAAACGGGAUGGAAGUGCGUAGACGCCCAGCAGGAGGAGUGCUUGUGUUGCACAUUUAUGCAGUCUUACAGUAUGAGGUGAGACCAAAUCAUACCCUGAUGGUUUCACCCAGUGCACACACCUUCCCCCAGAGAGCCAUGGAAGGCAGCUGAGGUAGCAGCCAUUUUAGAGCAGUCCAUGUAAUUAUGAGCAUCUUGCAUCUUUAAAGUGUGAAUGUUUCCAAAAUAUAACAGCCCGUGGGGUGAAAGUAGAGGAGGGUCUUAAAUUCACACUUUACACUUUGUUGGCUGCAAUUCCUCCGUACAGCAGAUCUCCAUGCAGGUCGUAAUAUGAGGAAGUCAAGGCGACCAAUCGGAUCCCCUCCCCUUGUCCAUAGUCAUCCUCCCCCAUGAACCACAGCUUCCCAAACCCCACGAUACGGAAAAGAUGGAUCUGAUCAAUAAUGUAACAUCAGUCGUGCAUAAAGACACCAACAAUGUGCCUGAAUUUAAUGAAGAAUGACCCGCCCCAUACCCUUCCUCCAACUGCCCAAACCUCCCAUACCCCUCCCCCAACUGCGUCAACCCCCCAUACCCUUCCCCACACUGCACCAACCCCCCAUACCCUUCCCCACACUGUACCAACCCCCCAUACCCUUCCCCACACUGUACCAACCCCCCAUACCCUUCCCCACACUGUACCAACCCCCCAUACCCUUCCCCACACUGCACCAACCCCCCAUACCCUUCCCCACACUGUACCAACCCCCCAUACCCUUCCCCACACUGUACCAACCCCCCAUACCCUUCCCCACACUGUACCAACCCCCCAUGCCCUUCCCCACACUGUACCAACCCCCCAUACCCUUCCCCACACUGUACCAACCCCCCAUACCCUUCCCCACACUGUACCAACCCCCCAUACCCUUCCCCACACUGUACCAACCCCCCAUGCCCUUCCCCACACUGUACCAACCCCCCAUGCCCUUCCCCACACUGUACCAACCCCCCAUGCCCUUCCCCACACUGCCUUUUCUGUUUUCGGUGAAGACUUAAGCACUGCUUUCUCUGAAUCAGGGAGAGGGCUAUCAUGCAGGUCAAUGCAUCUGAACAGAUGAUCUCCAAAGCGACUAAUGGUUAAUCAGUUUUAACAAUAGUCUGAGAGUCGGGAGGGAACGCACUGUUAAAAAAAAAUAAAAAAUACCUGAAUGUGUUUCGGUUUUUGGGUUUUAUUUUUCCAUCCUGUAGAAACCAAAACUGGACUUGGGCUCCCUGUAGUAAAGUGAGCUACUUUUAAUGGGCCGCUUUAGGCAGCCAGCGCUUUUUUUGAAGGUCCAGCAAGCUCCUGAGAUUGGAUAUAGACUAGUGUUUGCGGUGUAAACGGAGCAAAGACGAGGCCUAGCAUUUGUUGUUUUUUAAAAUUAUAGUGAUAAAAGUCCCAGUUAUAUAUGCAUAUAUGUUUGGGCCAUCAUGCUACGAGAUGGGAGGACUGUUCUCCUACACAACUCAUCAGGGAGUUCACCCGGAACAACCGGAGAAGCCAUGCAGGUCACCAUGUCGAAGCCACCCCCGACCCUCACCCCCACCCCCACACCCACACCCACACCCACACCCACACCCUUUCCUUGUAAACUUGUACAGUUAAUGGAAGAACUCACUUUACUUUUAAAGAUUAUAACAGGCAUUUUUAUACAUGUAUAAAAAUCGAAUUUUUGUAUCUGAUCUCCGCAGAGAAAUGUUUCAAGCGAAGUUGAGUUUGGUUUCCAUUUUUUACUUUUACCUUAUUUUGGAAUUGUGCUGGUUGGAAUGGGGCUUGUGUUGCGUAGUGAUAUGUAAGUUUUUCUUUCUUUCUUUCUGUCUCAACAGUAAAUCUCGAGAGUGAUACUUUUUUUCUCAUUCUCUUGUCUGUGUUAUCCUGUGGUAUGGUCUGGGUAAAAGUGGAUGAAAGAGAAAAAUGCCUGACAUCACUAUUUCCAGUACUUCCUUUCUUUUGUCUCAGUGAAAUUCUGUGAGAGAAACGUGCACUGAAAUGUCCAAUUUGAGUUGAAAUGUGGUAGGUGAUUUAUGCGGAGAUCACAAGGUGAAAAACUCUAAUACUACUGUCUGAUUUUAAUGUCCGCUGUGUUUUAUACAGUAUAUACAAUUUGCUUUGUUCUUUUUUUUUUCUUUUGUUCUGCAUUUUGUUCACUUUGAAAAUUUUUACUAAAAAUUGCAGAAAGUAUUGUGCAAAGAUAUGUCUUUUUUUUUUUGAAGUACUUGAAAUGCAUUAAUAAAAAUAGACAUGAUGAAAA